ACGAAGCCAUCUCAACGGCUGAGAAAGCAGCGCCAGCUACACUUAGCACUAUUCCAAAGGAAAAAACCCCACCCAGCCCUUCACUUCGGCACACCCUGCGCGAGAAUCGGGGCUCCUUGUUGCAUAGCUCGCGUCGCCGGACCUCCCAGAGAGGAUCAGCUCCGCUGGAAAUUAACCUCAAAUUCAUCAGGGACCAUGUCAGAAGGGGAUCGACCAAAAAGUGGUCUGAGUUUAGCCAGCAGUACAGCCACCAUCACUUCAGUCUCCAUGGGAACAAAGCCGCACAUGGCCCGGCCGGUCCAGAAAGUGCACACAUUUGGGAAGAGAGCAAACUCCAUCAAGAGAGAUCCUAACUCUCCUGUUAUAAUGCGUGGCUGGCUUUAUAAGCAGGAUAGCUCUGGGCUCAAACUAUGGAAACGGCGUUGGUUUGUCCUUUCCAAUUACUGCCUCUUCUACUACCGAGAUAGCCGUGAAGAGAUGGUUUUGGGCAGUAUCCUCCUCCCCAGCUAUGAGAUUCGGACAGCUUUCUCCAAGGAGAAGAAGAACCGUCGCUUUGUAUUCAAGGCUGAACACCCUGGCAUGCGGACUUACUAUUUCAGUGCAGACACCCAAUUGGAUAUGAAUAGCUGGAUCAAGGCCAUGAACCAGUCAGCUGCUGCUGAGUGCAACUGUGGAAACCUCAAUCAAGGGGGUCUCCACAGCCAGUCAGUGUCCGCCCACACCAGCUUUGAGGACAUCCGGCUCCCCCAGGGUGAUUGUGCCAAGAGCACUGAGUCACUAGAAGUUGCCCAUCUCUCAGAGAUCCAGGAGGCCCGGGCCUCCUCGUCCGAGAGCCUCCACCUGCCUGACAUCCAGACAGGAUCUCCUUGCCUUAAGAGGGCUUCUUUAUCCAGUUCGCUCAAUGGGAGCUACUGCUGUGAAAAGAAAGAGCAGCCAGAAUUGAGCUCCCUGUCGUCCCAGACUCAUGGACGUCCCUCUCCUAUUAGUUGCACUAAGUUUUCUGCCCGGCCAGGGACCCCGCUACCACCUUCGUCUGAGAGUCCACCUCCUUCUUCUCCAUCUCAGAAAUCUCAGCCUUCCCCUUUGUUUUCACUGCGUUCCUCCCGUGCUUAUUCCCUGCCGGUAGCGCCAGAUGAAUCCUCAAAGUUGCCACAGCCUCACCUGCCGAGCAUGCAUGAUGCCCAUCGGAGCCCUUAUGAUGCCCAUCGGAGUCCUCCAGCAUCUGUAGUUGCACAGGCUGCCUCCUGUGAUGAUCUCUCCAUCAUGAGCUCUUCAAGAACUCUGCAUGCCAACAUUCCCAUGGGGAGGGUGGACAUUGCUCCCAACAAAUGCCUUCCCAUUAACCCUUAUGCUGUUGCAUCAUCGGCCUACAAAAGCCACUCUCUGACCCCUGCAGACCGUUAUGAUGUGUUUCCUACUUCUGAAGACUCCUAUGCUAGGCGGUACAUUCAGAGUCCUCAUCUCCUUAGAGUCCGGCCUGUGGGUGAAGAUGGCUUAGUCCCCUCAAUAGGGAGACUGCAACAAAACAGAUUUACAGACCGAGGUUACCUGUCUUCAUCAGUUGGCUCGUCCCGUGCUUUGGUCAUGUCCCGGCUUCAUGGCCGACUGAUAACCCCCCACUCUGCCUCAUCAAGCUACCUGCACCUACCACCCCUUCCUCCCCUGUCCACUCGGCCCACCCCAGGGAAAAGGACAUCUAUAGGGAUCACGGGUCGAAAUGCACUGCGGGAAAGGAGCAGCCAUUCUCCUGGCAGGCAGCGGUUUGAAAGUGACAUUGAUGCUCUCUUGACAAAAUUGUGUGGCCAAGACAAGGUACUUCGAGGUCUGGAAGAAGAGACUGGGCAGCUCCGUAUUGAAAAGGAACGUCUUGAAAAAGCCUUGGAAGUAACACAUUUGAGGCUGGAGGAGUUUAAAGGCCAAGAUGCUACCGUGGAGAAGAUCUGCUAUCAACAAAGACAAUUACAAGAUGAACUGGUACAUAUCCGUGCCCGUCUCUGCGAUCUUGCGUUGGACAGCGAACGAGUGUGGGAGGAUUAUACAGCCUUGGAAAAUGAUGUUCAGAUGCUAAAGGGCUCCUUGGAGCAUAUCCGGACUUCUGGGCAUCCCCAGGAUCAAGCAGCAGCUCAACAGGAUUUGUGGAGAAUCCAUGACAUCUUGGCAGGAUUGAGAUGCAGCCCUGCAAAUUAUCGCACCCUGGAAAACCGAAGAUCAGGUGUGUCUCCCAGCUCACCUCCACCUCUGGAUUCUCAUUUGGGGGCAAAUAAUCACUCUCUGCUAUCCUGCACCGAAACAGAGGAAUCUACCCCCAGCUAUGGAUUGGAGAUAGGAAAACCAGCCAGAAUGGGGAGCAAACAGCAGGAUGGCCAUGGUUCAGCAAGCUGGCAGCAAAGUCCAUCUACUUCCAGCAGAGGGCAGUUGGGAGCAUCUCAGCAUGUGGAUGGACUCAAGGGGUCCCCAAACCAUCCCUCCAUUGAGCCCCCAGAGAGUGAGAAAGGGAAGGUUGGCAGAGGAGCAGAUUCUGUUAGACCAGACCAUGAAGGCUGCAUCCAUAGAAGUGAAGGUCCUGAACACAGCACUGUCAAGGUGGCCUCUUCCGAAACUACGGUCCCUCGGCGGUCCCGCAUGAGUGCCCAGGAACAGCUGGACAGGAUGCAGCGGCACCAGGAGGCCAAACGGAAAUCUGAGGCUGCCCAGCCCCCAUCCCUGGGCCAUUCUCUCAAGCAUGGGUCUAGCCGGCCCCUCCCCAUUGCCCCCCCUGAGUCAUCACCCAAGGAGGGAAUGCAAAUUGGGGAAGUCAAGCCUCCUCGGUGCCCCCCAACCCCUGAGUGGGAGCGACAGCGAGUAAUCCAGCUCUCCUAUGCGCUGGCGACCGAGGCUUCGCAGCGGGGAAAACUCCUCACAGGAAGGACCAGUUCUCGCUCCUCCCUAGAUGAUUUGCUUGCUUCAGAAGAUGGCUUGAACCAUCACUAUUUUCCUGGGGAUGGCACCUGCAUAAAGCUAGACUCCAGCAGUACAACAGCUGGACACGAUCAAAAAAUUACUCAGAGUCCCAGCUGUAGCACUGACUCUAAAGUUGCAAAUCAGGUGCCAGCUUCACCCCAAGCAACCAAACCAAUGUUCAGUGCCUCAGAAGCUUCUGACUGGUCCUUGCCUUCUCCUUGUCCUUGUGAAGAAAGUUGGUUGCCAUCCAAGCUGAAGACUCCACAGCCAACAUCCCACCUGUCUGACCCAGCCAGAGAGGAGCCAUACCUACUUGGCGAUCCUCAUUGGGAGGAACCUAUGCCUCAGCCAAACAAUUGGAAUGCAUGUUUUUGCAGAACAGCCAAUUGGGUUCUGCCUCCUGUAUGGGACUUAGAAAUGUGGGCAGCUGAUCGAAAGCUAGGCAGCAGUCCAAGCCUAGACAAUGGUAGAUGCAUCCAUUGGAGAGGUGAGCCUCAACAGGUAGCAGCAUAUUUUGGAGAAAUGGCACAGCCUGUUAAGGUCACCUUGAUAAAAUCAAGUUUUUAACUGAAGUGGGAUGAAGAGAAGAUCUAAAGUGACAUAAAAGAAUAGGGCAAGUCCCUGGAGAUGGUUGCCUACUCUAAACCCUAGAAAUGUUCAAAAUAAGAACAGAUAAAACUUUGGCCUUUUAGAUCAAAACGCCAUAUCUCCUGCAUGUGAACAUCUCCAGCAUAUCAUCUGUAUUUCCCAGUCAAAUUUUCUCUGUUACUUUCUCAACAACUCAUCUGGUAUAGAAAAAUCAUGAUUUAUUUUUGGUUUAGUUUUCAUUGUUGCUGCAGUCCUAGAGACUCCCACAAAUAAAUCAUGAUGAGUUCCAUGGUCUUGGUCUAUAGCAGUGUUUCUCAACCUUGGCGGCUUCAAGAUAAGACAUCAAGGUAUUUUAAAGUUGCUAAAGUUAAGAAACAUUGGUCUACAGAUUUAUAUAUUGGGUUGGGAAAUAGCAGCACCCAAUUUCAAAUCCAUACGUAUUCAAGAAUUUUAGGAGUAAUGGCAGAGAAUGCUCUUACUCCUUGAUGUUUAGGAGGUCAAAAUCCACCAAGAUUGCUUCAGGAAGUGUUUUCCCUUUAAGGAAAAAAAAAAAAAGCUAAGGUAUCCAUGUACUGAUGCCUGUUUAUAGUGGGAAACUCCUAAAAAAUAAGGUUACCAUACUUAAAGAUGUACAAUGUUUGAUAAAUAGAUAGACAUCAGUGGAUAUUCCUGACUAUUGGUCUGUGCAGAUAUUCAUAUUCGACAAAGCCAUUCCCAAGACAUAUCGCACUGUACAUCCUCGUUGGAUGAUACUAAUACUUUCUGCAUUUUUUAAAAAAGAUGCAGCUUUAGAUCCCACCUUUAUUAUUUUUAUAAAUAAUUCAACAUGGCAAACUGAAUUAAUACUCCUUCUUCAUUCUUUCCCCCCCACAAUAAUAACUGUGAGUUGAGUUAAGACAGGGAGUGACUGGCCCAAAGUCAUCCAGCAGGUUUUUAUGCCUAAAGUGGGACUAUAAAUUACCAUCUCCUAGUUAUUGUCACGAAGUCACCCAGCCAGCUUUUAUGCUUAAAGUGGGAUUAGAACUCGCAGUUCACUUUUGCUUACAACUUUGCAGAAAUUUCUGGCUUCAGAGAGAUAAUUUCUCAUUCCAUCUUGCAAGCACCCAUGUUUCAGGGCUGUUGUCAUUUUUGAGACAUUAUUUAAUUCCCAGACUGCGAUUUAGGGAGGGGGAAAAAAGCCCUUUUUCAUACCAGCAUGGAAGUUAUUUGAGGGGUGAAUGUAGGAAAUUGCUUAUUAUAUUGCUUAUUUCUUUUCAUAAUUUGUUUUAUUAAGGUUGUCUUUUGGGUUGUAAAUGGAUAUCUUUUUUUCUGUAAAUAGGGAUGGGGUUUCAGAGAUAAGGAUUAUUUUCCUGGAAUGCCCUAUCAAAAUGCAAGCUCUCCUUCUAGAUGACUUAAGAAGCAGCUGUACUUGCAUAAGAAGAAGAAAACAUUGCAAGGAAAACGCCGCUAAGAUCUGUGAAUGGGAGUUUUAUCUCCAAUUGGAAAGAGAAAGAAUAGUUUGAUUGUGUGGGGAGAAUGAUUGGGCAAUGGCUGUAUUGAAAAAACAUUUGGAUCUGUCCUAGCAAGCACAAGGAAUGUUUCUCAUGAAAAUUGGUGCCUCUUAAAACAAAGGCAGUGAUUUAUAUUUUGAAGGCAACUCAAGACUGGCUGACUUGUUCCCAGUACAAACAGUCGGUGGCCUGUACAGGAACACACCCCAUAGUUAUUGACCAAAACGGACAUGUCAUUUUCCCUAGAACUGCAUUGAACAAAGGUAGGAAAGUCAGUGAGGGAAUGAACAGGAAAGUGAUGAGAAGUGUGGGAAGUGAGAAUACACUGAACGGAAGUUGGAGUGGUUUCAGAAACAAAAUGACACGAAGAAAAGAGCUAGCUAGAAAAACUGAAGAAGAAAAAGUGAUAGGAAUUAUUGACAAUGAUGGAUAUUUUAUUUUCUUCCAUUUCUCAUGUCUGAAAUGUAGGAGCCUAAACGAAGGAGUUGCUUACUUGGAAGCUACCUGGAGAAUUAAACAGGGUUACCAUAAUGUGAGACAGAGGUGGGUUUCAGCAGGUUCUGACCAGUUCUGGAGAACAGGUAGCGGAAAUUUUGAGUAGUUUGGAGAACCGGUACUGAAAAUUCUGACUGGCCCCACUCCCAUCUAUUUUCUGCCUCCCAAGUCCCAGCUGAUUGGGAGGAAAUGGGGAUUUUGCAGUAUCCUUCCCCUGCCACGCCCACCAAGCCACACCCACAGAACCAGUAGUAAAAAUUUUUGAUGUGAGAGGAUCAGGGUAGGAACUAGAAGUCUGUAAAUUGUAGCCCUGCCUUAGCACAAAGCCAACUAGGUGACCUUGGGCCAGUCAAUUUCUCUCAGCCCAAACAGAGGCAGUGGCAAACUACUUCUGAAAAAAAAACUUGCCAAGAAAACUGCAGGGACUUAUCUAAGCAAUCUUCAAGAAUCGGAUAGGAAGGGAAAAAAAUAUUGUAGUUGCAGUGGGUCCAUUAUUCCCAAUGGGAGAUUAAGCCUGUGAUGGCUAGGCAACAUGUAGGCAACCAGUAGAUAUUAGCAAAGAGAAGCAGAAAUUCUAAUUCUUGAGUGCCGGCUCGUGUUUGUCUGGACUGAUCCGCCAGCCUUAAAGUCUAACAAUCCCAACAGAUUCAGCAGGGCCUACUUAGCCACAAAACCAACAUUGCUGAGGUAGAUUAGCUGAGAAAUUUGUCUAAAAGAUUCUUGUACAGACUUCGAUAAGAAGACUUAACGAAUAGCACACAAACCUAUCCUGGUGUACAAAAACUCAAGAAUCUGAACAAAGCAGCCAAAGUUUCCUGUUGUAAUAGCUCCUUGCUCUGUUGGGACACCUGUCUUCCCAUGCAGAAUUAUAAUUCCCUUUUAAGAAUCGGAAUAUUUCUACUGUAUUUAAGGAGAAUGUGUCAGCUACUGCGGGAACUUCCUCAGACAUGUAAACACUAAGCCUUUCCAUGUGUGAAUUAUUCCAAUUUGUAUAAUCAAUAAACAUUUUAACAUA